AGACGGAGACGCCAAACAGCAGCGGCACGGACAGCAGCAGCAGCGGGCGACCAUGGCGGCUCCGUUCUCCUCCACCCAGCUGCGCGUGCCGCGUGGCCUGUCGGGCCUCCUCGAGGGCCUGUGCACGGCGGUGCUGCGCGACCAGCCCCAGGACAUCCUCCUGUACGCCGCCUCCUACUGCGACGCUCUCAUAGCCACCCGCGAAGACACAGGCAGUGACCCCGUGGUGGUGAGUGCGCUGCUGGAGGAUCGCUACUACAACAACCGCACCUUCGCGGCGGCUGAGAAGCGCUACGCCGGAGAGUUCUACGCGAAGCCGUCUCCGCGGGGAGAGCCGCGAGUCGCCGCGCAUUCGAGCGACGCGGACGCGGCUGCCCGCAGCGACUCUGACGACGACGUGAAGCUGGCGUCGUUACCGCCGCCCCGUCCGCCGCCGGUCUGCGAGCUGUCCGGCGCGCCGGGCUGCGCGACUGCGCCGGAGGAGGAGGGCCCAGACGACGGCGCCACGGCGGGCGGGCGAGCCGCCUCCCCGUGGAACGGCGCCGUCGCCACCGGCAUUGCAGCGGUGGCUCGUGGGCUUGGGGAGCUGGAGGAGGAGGGGGAGAGAGAAGAGGAGGGCGGCAAUGGAAUCGCGGCUUUUGACGAGAUCAUCGCUCAAAGCGGCCACGGUUACGCGGCUGCGAUGGCGGACGGAGAUUUGGGUGAUGAUGAUGAUGAUGGUGAUGAUGAUGGUGGCGGUGGUAAUGAUGACGACGGCGGUGUCAGAGCGAGAGAUGCCGGUGGCUCUGCGGAAGACGGGGGAGACUUUGGAGGAUUGGAGGAGGAGGAGGGCGAUAGAGGUCUGAGUUCACUUGAAGAGUCGAAGUUUCUGGCGGAGAGCGGAGGUGACGGGGCAGGCGGAGAGCGCGAGGACGGUAUCGGGGAGGGCAUUGAUGUUGAGAACAAGGGUGGCACCUUCAUGCAGAGCAUCGAUGUCGCGGCAAGUAUCGACGUAGAUGAAGAUGAUGUCAUCGCAAGAAGUGUCGAUGUAGCGGGCAGCGUAGACGUGGACGAAGAUGAUGUCAUCACCACACGAAGCGUCGAUGUUGCGGGAAGCAUCAGUGCGCGUGAAGAUGAUGUCAUCACACAAAGUGUCGAUGUUGCGGGAAGCAUUGAUGUGGACGAAGAUGAUGUCAUCACACAAAGCAUCGAUGUUACGGGAAGCAUCAGUGCGCGUGAAGAUGAUGCCAUCACACAAGGUGUCGAUGUUACGGAAAGCGUCAGCGUGGAUGAAGGUGACGCCAUCGCUGCAGAAGAGCCGCGCGACAUAGAGCGAGCCGCUCCAGACGGCGAUGCAGACGGCAGAGACGGAGACGCAGACGCCGACGGCGAAGGAGGAGACAAGGAAGAACAGCGGCGACAGCGCACCCCCACAAGUUCCGUCGACGCCACCGCCGUGAUUGCUUCGGCGCGGUCCGAGAUCGGGGAGGCCCAUGCCGACGUCGCCCUUCCGGCGGAAGACAUCGAGGCCACGUGGCGGGAGGCCGACGAAGGCCCCGUAAGUGACGACGCCGCCGCCGGAGCGAGCGAUGGCUUCGACGACAGAGACGUCCCCGCGCCGAGCUCGGAGCGCUCGCGAGACGGAGGCGUGAGUCGUGAAGAAUUUCACGAGGGUGGCGAUGGCGGUGGUGAUGUUGACGGCGGUGGCGAUGAUGCCGAUCGUCAGGAGGCGGAAGAGCCCAGUGGCCACGUCUUUGAAGGAUGAGGAAGAGCCGCAGGUCGCGACCGACAAGAUGAGGGCAUCGCGUGAAAGAGGAUGGAGAGGUCUUCUUGGUUCUUUCGGUAAAGUCACGUAGAAGGGAAAUAAUAAAAGAAUAAAAAUUAAACAUAAUAAAAUAAUUCUUACGACGUUUCGGCCACAACGCAAGCAGCCGUCCUCAGGUGAAGAACAGCGUCUAUCGGAAAGACAGCGUCUGAAUGAAAAAAAUGAUGGAGAGGUCGCUUGAGUUUUCCUCUUUCCCGCUGUUCGCUGGUUCCGAGCGAUACCUGAGCUCUUCCCCAGGCCGUUUUCGGAGCUGGUGCACGUCCACAAUUAAAGGAAUGUCAUGGAACAACUUGAUAAUCCACGCACAUACAUUUAUAUAUAUGUUAAAAAGAAUAACGCGAGGUCGUGUAAUCACAACACUUUGCAAUCCACUUCAGCUCCUCGCUGAGGCCUAUUCUGCUCUACAGGGAACCUUUCCGUCGUAUUUACCGUAUCAUCUUCUCCACAGGUGAUCCCACAAUCACAUCAUUUGCUUUCUUCGCGCGCUUAAUCCGCCUAACUCUAAACGAUCACCGAAAUACAACGCGAUAAUUGUUGGCAACUUCUCGACAACAGACGCAAUAAUUGUUUCGAUAACUCUAAGAACAUUUGUCAGCGACACGCCACUCACUGGACAAUGAGAUUUCGUUCGAUUAUUGAGUUUUUUCCCGAGACACCCCCCCACACACAGACACCCCGUCCCUCAACUUUCAGAGGGAGCCUGUGACGUCACAAGUGACCUCGAGGGUAACGUUUUGAGGCAAAUCGUUUGGUGGCCGUUGUCACCGACAACGGUUGCAAUUUUCAAUCGCGAUGAAUUAAAGAUGCUCCCAAAAUAUAAGUGGUCAACAAAAAAAAACUUUUUUUUCUGGCCUGGACUUUUGCAGCUGUUUUAGACUAAUUUCAGGGCGCUGAUUACAAAUUUGAUCUCAGAUUUGCUCUAUCACAUCUCAUUUUUAUGCUAUCGGCAUACCCCAUUGUCAUCGAUUUUACCCUAAAUUAACUCUGUCACUUAUGAUUGCAAGUUGUCGCGAGUCAGUGACUGCUUUAGUGUUAAAAUACGGUGCUGUAUUUUUAUGAUAGUGUGUUUAUAAUAUCAUUUAAUGUAGAUAUCCACAUUUAUUUAAUAUUUUUCUUCUGCAGUAUUUAUUGAAAAUGUAAUAUUUGAUAUCUCAAAAACCUGAUGUGAUAGACAAAAACUGAUGGCAGAUUUGGAAUCAGCACCCCAAAAUUACCUUAUGACCGUUGGAAUACCUUAUGCCAGAAAAAGUGUGUUGACCAGUGUAAUUAGAAAAAAAAUCCGGGUGCAAUCGUUGUGUCACCGCUUCCCCCAUCUCGGUGGACAAGCGAAUCGACGAACUUCCAAACUCGUUUACGAGACGGUGUGGUCACGUGCCGUGUGACGUAACGAGACCAAAAAAAUAGCGUCGGCCCAGGCGUUUAUAAGCACACACAACCGCAGCACAGAUUUCGGGCCGUGGGCAUUUUUGUUUAAAUUCUUUUCAAUGGUCGUUGUGCGACGACCAACUGUGUGGCACUCGUAGUAGCUAGACGUUGCGAUGUGACGGCGUGUUCGCGUGAUUAUUUUUUGCCGUGCGGUCUCAUCGGCCACAAAUUUGGGGCUGGGUCCAAGAAACGAAGGGGAAAGGUUGAGGAAGAAUCUUUGGGGCUGGCGAAUAUGGGGGCUUAAUGCCCACUGAGGGCGUAAAUAAGCAAUGCAGUGUACACAUUAGAGGUAAUAAAGUAUUUUAAUUAAAAAUGUGUUUUUAUAAUUUUUUCUCCGAUUACGUUUGCAAUUUCCCCCACACAGACCAGCCUACCGGCACUUGGAAUGGACCGGCCUACGGGGGCAUUUUCCCUAUGGACUGCCGCCCUAUGGCCAGUGAGGGCCUAGUCACGUGGCUGACACAAGGUCAGGUUCAAGUUGUUUUUUUGGUUAUGUUUAACCAGGCGGUGAGAACUCAAAAGAGGCCAGGGUCCAGAGUCGAGAUUUUGUUUGUGUAGUAGAGUUUCCCACUCGAUGUUCACAAACUGGGAGAGCAAAUCGUUAACAAGGUUUUCCCGCUCAAACUAACGGUCAGGGUCUCACAAGCUGUGAGAGCUGACCGUAAACAAGGUUUUCCCGCGCGACCAAACGGUCAGGGUCAGAUAGGGUGAAUUGGGAUCGAAAAGCAGAUUGGGAACGACCAAUCACAGGGUUCCACAAGGUGGCCGGGGAUUGGACAACCCGGCCACGAACAAGUAUAAAGCCAGAGCGCUCAGAGCUCUCGGGGAGUUCGACUACACGAAGACCCAAGACGGCGGAAGAAGCCUAGGACCCUGGACCAAGCCCUCCAGCCCUUAUAAGGGCUAGGGUUCAGAGUAACCAGUGGUCGGGGAGACAUCUCCCUAGGUCCAGUCAGAGGACACUGGAAGAGCGGGAUGUUAAGUAGGGUGCGGAGGCUUGUACGUUCUGAGUGUAACGGGUGAGGGGACCGUAUACCUCUCAGUGCAUAGGGACUGUUCAUAAGACAAAUAAAAGUGUGUGC